UUGAAGUAUAGGACCGUACCGAACAAGUUAGCAAGGUUAAGUACGCAUUUAAUAGAGUUGAUUUUUUUAUAGUUAUGCAAAUAUGUAAAUAUCAGAUCCUCGUUCAGUUAUAUAAUGAUUUAUUGAUAAUACCAUCUUGAAUUAGGAAAUGUCUGUUUCUGGUCUGAAAACAAUACUGAUCAUGUAAAAUCUAUUUAUACAGCAUGGCUGUUGAAGAGGAUAAAGUCCAAGCUAAGGAUAUCCAACGCGGUCGUGUGAUGAUUGAUGAAAUUCUUAUUUCACUCAGGAGAAGUGUGGAGGGCUUCAUCAAUUCUUUCCGUAUUCCUGGAUCCACAAGAUAUUUUGAGCCGAUAGUGUUCGCGACUGUGAUAGUACAUACUCCAUUUUUCACCACUCCUGCACAGCAGGUUCUUGUGCAAGGAUGGAAAUUGACCAAAGUGAAUGUUGUCGAAUUUUUGUCAGCGAUUGAGAAGCAACUACAAUUACUGGAAGACAAUAUUGCCCAUGUGUCAGGUCUCGUACAUGAUCAAUUAGCCGAAGUUAGACAGAGACAGGCUGACUCGGAGAAAUUGGUUGGAUCAUUAUUUGAAGAAAAUACCGAAAAACUUGUUCUUCCAUCAAAAACCGAAAUAUCAAUGGUGAGUCCUGAUUCAGGAUUUAUCAAUCUACUGCGGUAUGGGAUGUUAGCGUUGCGACUUCUACCUCCAAGCAGUUGUCCUAAUUUGGUGGUGAUCACCGACGGAAUGAUCACCCUGCCAGACAUCCAUGUGCUCGAUUCGGUGCUAAGUCAACUGCGCAACAAUGCAGUGGCUGUAUCCUUCCUGCAUGUGGGCAGUCAGUUCCAUCCGCACUGCGCGCUGGGUUUGGUUCCCUAUGUAGAACUCAUGCAGUUCAUUGCAUCGGCUACUACCGGCUCCUAUAUUCCAUCACCACCUGCCGUUGUAUUUCCGGAUAUGCCAGGAAAAAUGAAUAUUUACCAGAUAUCCUUUCUGACUUGGUCUUUCAUGAAAGGAGGAUUGGGCAUUGAACCAUACAGUGGAGAGUUAUCCAAGGGAGAAUGGUGUGUCAGAAAUCGAAGGUUUGAUGGAAACAGAGAACCUCAACUUCUAACCAAAAAACAGAGUGAAGACUCUCUGAAUGUAACUCUUUCCAGUGUUUUGUGUUGUAGAAUGCGUGAGGGAUAUUUUGUUAAGUCUGUUUACUUGAAAGAUGAAGCAGUGGAUCUAUGCCUAGUGUUGCCGUGGUCAAAUCACAUCUAUAUAGAAUAUUAUGUGUCCAGUGACUGGCCUCCGACUGAAUCAGUUCGCUAUGCCAUCUCAAUUAAAGGUAAACACCUCAGUUCAACAAUAUAAUAUAAUUCAAUAUGAGUUAUAUUAUAACUUAUAACUAAAUGAAACAUUAUAUUGUAUUGAGAUCUAUCAAAUAUACGAGAGUCUUACCUCUUUCA